UCAAAGUCCCAGAUCGUUAAACGUGUUAUUUCAGUUGAAUCCAUCGAUAUAUAUAACCAGUCGUAGAACACUCUGUUAUGAAUGGAAACAGAUUGCCUCCACCUGCUGACUGGAUGUAAGCCAGCAGCAGUUGGAACUUGGCGUCCAGCUGCUGCUUCAGAAACUCCCUGCUGACUUUCUACCGUGUGUUUGUUGCCAGGUUGGUGUCAGGUCCGACAGGAGACGGUCUGUUCCUGCAGACGGCUAAAGGGCGCGCUGUUCUGCAGCAGAUCAAAGACUUCAUGAGACAAUACGUGCUUCCUGCUCAGGAGGAAGUUGCCGAGUACUACACCAAACACGCUCAGUCUCCACAGAGGUGGCACACCCCACAAAUAAUAGAGGACCUAAAGGUGAGAGCCAGGCAGGCCGGACUGUAUAACCUGUUCCUGUCUGCAGUCAGCGGCCUCAGUCAGCUGGACUACGCCUUCAUCGCAGAGGAGACCGGGCGCUGCCUCUUCGCUCCUGAAGUCUUCAACUGCCAGGCUCCCGGUAACACUUGGUUUCAGAUCUAGAGAUAAAUUGUGUCAACAUUAUCUCCCUUUUUCUCAGUCACACACUUACAGUAUGACCUUGCACUUUACAGACACAGCAUAGAUUACAUUCG